AUGUUAGAAGCUGGUAUCUUAUUUUUAGGUACUGGAGCUUCAAGUUGUGUACCAAUCCUUCAUCAUGUGCUAGAACCAGAAAGAUAUGAUUGCUUUUGCUCACAAAUUCUCAAGGAACAUGAUCCUAAGAUCGAUAAAAGUAAAAACAUUAGGAAUAAUGUCUCUAUAAUGAUUAGAAUCCCCAGAAAAGAUGCAAAUAGAAAAAAAUUGUCUGAAAGUGAAAUACCAUAUGACUGUGUGGAUAACUUUACAGAAAAUCAUGAAGUUUACCACAAUAUUUUAUUUGACAUGGGAAAGACCUUUAGAAGUUCUGUACUAAGCAUUUUCCCUAAAUUUAAAAUUUCAGCUAUUAAUUCUAUCAUUCUAACACAUUUUCAUGAUGAUGCCGUUGGCGGUUUGAAUUAUGCAUCUUACUUUGUAAAGAAUAUUCAUGACAGUAAUAUUCCACUACCGAUUUAUAUGAAUUCGGAUACUAUAAAAUUUGUUUACAAGAGAUUUCAUAAUUCAAUAAUAGAUGACUUAAAUAGAGAUUGCAAAGUUCUGCAAUUUGGUCACUCUAGUUAUGAAUUAAAUGUCUUAGAUAUUUUGCUAGGAAGAGUGACAAAUUGUAAUUCACAUGAAGCUAUUCAAUAUUAUCUGAGCCUGAAAGAUAGUAUAGAUGAACCUGAAUCUAGAUUCAACAUUGUGGAAUUUUUUAUAGAGGAUAUUAAGAUAACUUCAUUUCCAAUGUACCACGGUAACUGCAUUUGCAUGGGAUUUUGCAUCCACUAUCCAUAUACCAAUGUUAUAUUUAUAUCUGAUUACACCUUCCCAAUUCCAAAGGUGUCUCUAGAUUUUCUCAAAUCUAUGGAAUAUAAUGUGUCAAUUCUAAUUUUGGAUUCUAUUGCUUUUAAGAAGUCAAGUAACUCUCACGCCACUAUAAGCGAAUCUUUGGAACUGGCUCAAAUUAUCAAUCCUCACUUUCUUUAUUUUGUUGGGAUGUCUUGUGACUUAGAAUAUAAUACUGGAAACAAGAAAUUGCAGGAAAUUUUAAUUCAAUUAAAAAGAUCUGGAAAGUGCUGCAGUAUUAAAUCUGCUCAAUUAGCUUAUGAUGGGCUUUUCUUGCCAAUUAAUACUUGA